CGGGGCACUAGCAAGAGGCAACUUUUCUGGAACAAUCCAAUUUUCUUCCUCAUUUUGUGAAGUCGCAAAUACUCAUCCUUGCAUUCUGUCUGUUACGAGGUCUUCAAUUCCCUCAAUCUCCUUCAAUUUCCCUUCUUCCUUCCUCAAAGUCCCGCCAUUGCGCACUGAGGGGCAAAAAUAACGGCAGCUACCCAACCCCCUCCCACCACCUUCAAGAUGCCUUCCACAACAGAGGUUGCACAGCAAUUCGACACGAUUGAAGAUACAAUUGCUGCUUUUAAGAAUGGCGAAUUCAUCAUUGUACUCGACUCACAAGACCGUGAGAAUGAAGGAGAUCUUAUAAUUGCAGCCGAGUCUAUUACCGCUGCACAGAUGGCAUUCCUCGUGCGCUACACAAGCGGCCUAAUCUGCGCCCCCAUCCCCCCACCCCUCGCAACCCGCCUUGCCCUCCCGCAAAUGGUCACCGAAAACGCCGACCCCAAAGGCACCGCCUACACCAUCACAAUCGACGCCAGUGACGAGUCCGUGACAACCGGAAUCUCCGCCGAAGACCGCGCGCUGACCUGCCGCACGCUCGCAUCCCCCUCCGCGCGGAUCGACUCCUUCCGCCGGCCCGGCCACAUCAUCCCGCUGCAGGCGCGAGCCGGUGGCGUGCGCGAACGCAAGGGCCACACCGAGGCUGCGGUCGACUUCUGCCGGCUGGCCGGUAAGGCGCCUGUGGGUGUGAUUGCGGAGUUGGUUGAGGGCGGGGAGGUUGUGGAGGGUGUUGCGGAGAUUCGGGGGAAUAAUGGGAUGAUGAGGCGUGAUGGGUGUUUGCGGUUUGGUAAGCAGUGGGGGAUUAAGGUGUGUACUAUUGAGGAUUUGGUGGAGUAUUUGGAGAGGACGGAGGGUGGGAAGAAUGGGCAUUAAUCGGUCGUUGGAUUGAUUGAUUGAUUGAUUGAUGCCUGUUGGGAGGGUCCUUGAUUUCGGCUUUUUUUUGGUAUACUUUUGUUCUUUUCUAUGCCAACUGUACAUCACUGCGGCUUUGAGUUGAUACCUCUAGAGAAAUGAACAAGAUGACUUAGAAUUUGGACUUGAUUACUGGUGGUUGAGGCU